AUGGUCAGGGCGAUGGGUAUUGCCGCGGCAAAAGGCUUCACCGCCGGUUCCAUGCACUUCACGCCCAGCGGCGUCGUGUGUCUAGCUUUCGCCUUCGUGGCUGCGGUUGCGAUCGUGGCCGUCGCCGUGUUCGGCUGCGCCGGCCACAAGAGCUCCGGCGGGAAGAAGCCUCGACGUGGUCAUGGCGGCUCCUACUGGGCAGCUGGAGCGGGCGCAGGCGCAGGCGUCUAUGUUGGAGACAGCGGUGUUAGCACAGGCGGUGGUGGCUGUGGCGGCGGAGGGGGAGGAGGUGGUGGCUGUGGAGGUGGAGGAGGCGGUGGAGGUUGCUGA